UGUCACCUCAGUCGUUCACUUGAACUCUCUCACAGGUCAGUAUCCGUCUUGCUUCUACUUCCUCUCCGCGAUGACUUUUUUCGUCUCCUAAUCUUAUGUGGAGUGAUUUGCCUGACCGUUUUUCCUUCGGCUCGCAUAUCUAUUCCGAAUGCAAUUCUAAGGCCUACUGCUUUUUCAGAGUUUUCUGGCUGGCGCGCCUUCACUAAUUCCAGACGUCAACUUCGGCCUCUGAAACCUCAUUCCCCAACUUCAGGGUUAAGGGACGACGCUGAAGCCAGUACAUUCAUUGAGUGA